UUAUUCCAUUAGUUCACAUUAAUCACUCUGAUUUGUUUCAUACCUUUGUAUUAGAUAGACACAUUGGCAGACUUCUAUUAGACUAUUAAUAGUUUUUUUUAACACUCGUUAAUAAGUUUGGGUGCAUACUUAGACUUGCUAGUGAUAUAGUCUUAGUAGAUUUUGCACUUGUUGAGAGUUUACAUCUUUCUAGUGAUCUAUUCAGAGACUUGAUAUUUUUUCUGAUAUUGGCGUUCAGGGGAACCUCUCAUCGAUGGGAAAGCUGUUUCUUAUGAUCAUAAGUACCACGUCCAAGAGGAACGGAUAAGGAACAAGGCUACAGCAAACUUUGCUAGACGCAGAAACUAUGAGAGGAUAAUAGCGAACGUGGCAAGAGGCUCUCCUCCCCAAUGUCCACCUCCUAUGGGUGACUCUGCACCCCCUCCACCUCCCAUGGAGCAGAAUUACGAGGCACCACCACCACCGAACAUGGGAGGACAAAGGCCUCAACCAAACUAUGUAGAAGCACCAGCGCAGAACAACAGGGGAGGAGCACCAACGCAGAACAACAUGGGAAGAGCACCAGCGCAGAACAACAGGGGAGAAGGUCCACCAAAUGCAGGAUGUUCACGUAAUAACAACAACGACCAGGAGCAGAGUGGUGGAACGCAGCAGGCACAGCACCAGAACAACUAUCCACCUAAACGAGCUGGCAGCGGGAACCCAUACCAGGGUUAAAGUAGUUGGAACCAGUCGUGGGUUUUCUUUUAAUAUUGCAUUCUGGACAUGUAUAGAUAAUCUGAGGAAGCGAUUGAGAGUACAGUAGCAAGACUUUGUCUUCAGUGUUUUGUCAGUCUUGUAUUGUGUCGAGACAAUGCCAUUCGUUAUCCUUUAUUAACCCAAAAGACAAAAAAAUAUUCUCAUAAUCCCGACUAGUUAAGAUAAAAAGACGGAUAUGAUCCCACAUGAUACUAGAUCAUCAAUAUCCAAAAUACUUUUGUCAUCUAGUAAUACUAUUCAAAAGACAUUCGUAGGCGCCAUUAAUUCAAGAUAUAUACUAAACAUCCAAAUACCA